UUUAAAAUUUUGAACGGCUCUUACUCCUGGCUGCCAUGGUUCUCCGAUGAAGCAAUCAACCACCCUCAAUCUUCUUCCUGUGAAGAUGGUUUAUCUCAUCCACUCGCUUCCCAUCUGUUCCUAAACAAAUGGGAGGAACAAAUUGACCGUGAGCCACAGAUGGGGAUUGUGACUUUUUAGGGGCCUGAAAACUUCAUAGAAGAAAAUAUGGUGUCUACCAAUAAUGGUGAAAAGAAUGGUGGAAUUGAGGAAAGCAACAAUGGUAAAGUCGGGAGUCGUGUUGCUCUGCACAUUUCAACAUCACAGAGGGGGUUGAUAAGUGAUGAAGACUCUCAAAAUAAUUUUCAGAAUAACUUCUCUGCGCUUCACAAUAGACUGAGGUUCUUUAAAAUUGGUAACUUGUCAUCCCCUUCAGCAAAAUUUUAUCAGAUUGCCCACGAAAGGGAUGAAAUUUCUCGUGCUGUACCUUCCAGCAGUCUUCACAUUCGUGAGCAAGUUAGUAAGUUAUUUUCCCGGAAAAUUGAUUGGAAUGCUUUAUGGAAAAUUUCCAAAGAAUGGUUCCGGAAUCCUAUGAAUCUCGCUCUUUUCAUCUGGAUUACAUGUGUUGCUGUAUCUGGUGCAAUUCUUUUCUUGGUCAUGACUGGAAUGCUAAACCAUGCUUUGCCAAAGAAGUCCCAAAGAGAUGCUUGGUUUGAAGUGAAUAACCAAAUUCUCAAUGCAUUGUUUACAUUAAUGUGUCUAUAUCAACAUCCACAACGUUGCUAUCAUCUUGUGCUUCUGGUACGAUGGAGACCAGAAGACAUUUCAAAGCUUAGGAAGAUUUAUUGCAAGAAUGGUACUUACAAGCCUCAUGAAUGGGCACACAUGAUGGUAGUGGUUAGUUUACUCCAGUUGAACUGUUUCGCUCAGUAUGCAUUAUGUGGCCUUAACUUGGGAUACAGGAGAUCAGAGCGACCUGCUAUAGGAGUUGGAAUAACUAUAUCUGUUGCAAUUGGUGCACCUGCUGCUGCCGCUCUGUACUCCAUGCUUAGCCCUCUUGGAAGAGACUAUGAAUCUGAUUUGGAUGAGGAGGCACAACUUCAGGCUACCACUGCUGAGAGUAGCAGAGCGAGCCAGUUGAGGAGAAAAUCACUUGAGAAGCGAUUCUCAUUUGCAUAUAGGGAUGAUGAUGGGAGAAUUCUUGAGACGAGACCACAGUGGAGUGGGGGUAUUUUUGAUUUUUGGGAUGAUAUAUCUUUAGCUUAUCUUUCUCUGUUCUGUUCUUUUUGCGUGUUUGGUUGGAACAUGGAAAGACUUGGAUUCGGCAACAUGUAUGUGCACAUUGCGACAUUUCUUCUGUUUUGUAUGGCUCCUUUUUGGAUUUUCAAUUUGGCUGCAAUUAACAUCAACAAUGAGGCUGUCAGGGAGGCCUUGGGGGUUACUGGUAUUUUCCUUUGUGUUUUUGGGUUACUAUACGGUGGCUUUUGGAGGAUUCAGAUGCGGAAGAGGUUUAAUUUGCCACCAUAUAACUUGUGUUGUUCCAGACCAGCUAUUGCUGAUUGUGCGGUAUGGCUUUUCUGCUGCUGGUGCUCUCUUGCUCAGGAAGCAAGGACAGGGAAUUCCUAUGACAUUGUGGAGGAUAAAUUUUAUAAGAAACAAGUUGAUGACGGUGGCCAAUUGCCAAUUUCACCUUUGCCUCGGGAAGAUGGGGAGUUUCAGGUUAGGUCCAGCCCAAGUUCUCCUGGAAUGAGCUCCUCCCCUCCAGUGGGUUUCAGAGCUAACUCACCUAGUCCCACUAGAUUUUCAAAGGAAUAUUUUAGCCCUGGUAGGCACCUUCCUCCUCUGGAAGAAGAAUAUCAUACAGGACGUAAGGAUGGGAUUACGACCCCACCGUCGCCUUCAUCUAUGACCAGAGAAGACAAUUAGCACAAGAUUUUGAAUUGUACUUAUGAUUUGAAUAGUAAAUUUGCACUAUCCUCAUGUCUAUAACUUUAUAUGCAUUUCAUGCUAAAGAUUUGUUCUUUUGUGGUUUCACCAUUUGUAAAGUCUUUUGGGGGAUUACGACCAGCUGAAGUUGGGAAUUUUGAUAUUUAUUUGAAUUGUAGAAUCCAGUUGAGAAAGGGAUAAAUAACUUCUCAAGAUUUUAGCUAAAGAAUUUGUCCAGCCCGCAUUAUUUUAUA